UUUGUGGCUUUUCCCCUCCUGAUAUACUUGUGUCUUCUUGUGGAACAGUCCGGGUGAUUGUGAAGUAUUAACAAAGAGCAAACAGAAAAAAACACAAACGCGUUUAAAAGGUUUUAUUUAAUAGCUGGGUCAAGUUAUUCCAUUAAAGAUAUAAUAUCACAAAGGGCGUUUUAUAUCCCGGAGGUUUCAGGCUUCACCUCAGCCAAACAGCGGUUCGUAUUUCAAAGCGGAACUCAAGUUGACUUUGAGCUGAGUUGUUUCCACACGAGCAGAUAAUCUCGUUUAUCGUGGUUACGUAGCGGAGAUGGCAGCCCUCCGAACGGCACUCCAUGGACGACUUGUUCAGGCCCUCUCCUUCUCUUUUGGCUCACUGCGGUUCGCCAGCUCUUUUAAGGCGACAGAUCUCGUCGUCGAACGCAACCCAGCAUGCAAGCCGAAGCCCGACCCCUCCACUUUGGUGUUCGGCAAACAGUUCUCUGACCACAUGUUGACCAUCAACUGGUCGGAGAAAGGCGGCUGGGAGGUUCCACAGAUCAAACCUUUCCAGAACCUGUCGCUGCACCCUGCCAGCUCUGCCCUGCACUACUCCAUAGAGCUGUUUGAAGGCAUGAAGGCGUUCCGUGGAGUCGACAACCACGUCCGCCUCUUCAGACCCAUGUUGAACAUGGAGAGGAUGCAUCGGAGCGCUGACAGAAGCUGCCUUCCUCUGUUUGAUAAAGGUGAACUGCUGGAGUGCAUCAAGAAGCUGGUGGAGAUCGAUCAGGACUGGGUUCCCUUCUCCCAGGAUGCCAGCCUGUACAUCAGACCCACCUUCAUAGGAAUUGAGCCGUCUCUUGGCGUGUCUCGGGCAGGACAAGCUAUGAUCUUUGUCAUCAUCGGCCCAGUGGGACCUUACUUCGCCACAGGGUCCUUUAACCCUGUUUCUCUGCUGGCGGAUCCUUCAUUUGUUAGGGCCUGGCAAGGAGGUGUCGGCGCCUAUAAGAUGGGAGGUAACUAUGGUCCUACGAUAGCAGUGCAGAACGAGGCGGUGAAGCGUGGCUGUCAGCAGGUCCUGUGGCUGUAUGGAGAACAGGAGGAGAUCACAGAGGUCGGCACCAUGAACCUCUUCAUCUACUGGACCAAUGAGAAAGGAGAGAAAGAGUUGUGUACCCCUCCUCUGGAUGGCAUCAUCCUCCCAGGAGUCACCAGGCAGUCUCUGCUGGACCUGGCCAGAGGCUGGGGUGAGUUCAAGGUAACGGAGCGCACAAUGGGUAUGAAGGAGCUGCUGGGGGCUCUGGAUGCUGGGAGGAUCCAGGAGGUGUUUGGAGCGGGGACAGCCUGCGUCGUGUGUCCUGUCGGCAGUCUCCUCUACAGAGGAAAGACGUACCAGAUCCCGACUAUGCAGAACGGUCCGGACCUGGCAAAGAGGUUCUACAAAGAGCUUACUGAUAUUCAGUACGGACGCAAAGCAAGCGAAUGGGCACCACUGGUCGUUUAAACGGCCUUAUUGCACAUGCCAGUUGUAUCAACAAUUAGUCCUGUGAUUCUAGUUUGGACGAGCAGCCCCCCCCCCCCCAAACUCUCAACCCACUAAUGCACUCCUGCUUACUUACCAACGGAGGAGACGGACGCCUCUCUGUCGGCCUUCUCAGGCAACUUUAACAGGUUUCUCUCUGCGUGGACUCUCAUAGGAAUACGGAUUGUGGUGCAAAUGUCUCGCUUUGGAAAGCAAUAUUAACAUCGAUAUGCAACAUUUUGACUUGACAUGACCCUUAACGAUGAGGUAUGCAAAGCAGGAAAAACAUAAAUAAAACUACAAGCAGCCAGAUGAUGAAUUGUGGCUGCUGGUGAUAUAUUAGCACGAGCACAUUCAAAUCUAAUUGGGUCGACUUGCUAAAAGGAUACACUCCAUUCAAGUGCUUGUCCUCAUAUUCACUUGGAUUACUUCCUUGUGAGGACACUGCUUAUAUUUAAUAGCACAAACAUUCAUUUUUACUAACUGCGCAUUUUGGCAUUAACCAAAAAGGCACAAACUGACAUGUUUCAAUCAUAGGAGGUGAAAUAUUUGCAAUAUUAAUGCAGCUAUAUAUAGUUGAUGUUUAGGAAAGUUACUGGCAGCACAAUGUGGACGUGUUGUUUCUCAUCAACAGAUGUAAAAAAAAAAUGUAUUUCACAACAGGAAAAAAGUUCUAUCAACAAUAACCUGUACUACUUGCAACAACCUGUGGUGUUUUAUCCAAAAACCUUUUAACUGUUACAUGUGAUCAAUACCUGUGAACGCAACAUAGGAUAAUAUGAUAGAGUUUUGUUUCCGUUGUGUACAUAAUGAUCUAAGAGAGUAUUGCUGUUAGUUUUUAUGGGGCCACGUCACUUUGACACCACAGUUUGCACUGACCUUGUUCAAUGUCAGGUUUGUAUCUUGAGUGUGACUCAGCUUUGUAAGGGAGGGAACAGGAGCGGGUUUUAUGUGUCGUUGGUUUUGCUUGUGAAGACUGCACUAAAAAAUGAAAGCUUGAGAUUAAGAAGGUCUAAUGAUAGGACGAUCCGCUGUAGAAGAGAAGGACUGUUACAUGCUGGCAGUGACUCAUUUGUGUGUAAUCACUAUGGCAACAAAUAGUGUUGUUCUCUUAGGGGUUUUUAAAUUCAUAUUUUCCCUUGUCUUGAUGUGAAAUUAGGCUGACCGUCUUCCAAAGUACUGUGCUGUAGUCUGGGCCUCGUGUCCUUCCCUCUCUGGUUUUCCUCACUUUUGAAUGUAUUGUUAUUUUUUACACACAUACUAUAUCCACCUGUUCCUCUCUUCCGUCUAAGUGCCUGACCUCAGUCUGUUAGCUUGUUGUUCUGUGGAUCUUCAGCUGCUGUUGUUGUUUGUUUUCCUGUGUCUGCACUAGGGGAUGUAGCUGGAUUCUUUGUCAGCUUUUAGUUAUUUUUAGUUUUUUUUUUUUUAAAUGUGCUGUUACUUUUACUCGGCUGUAAUGUUUUUACAAUAAACCUGAUAUGAGUCCAG